GCUAGCUGUUACUUCUUUCAAUCACCACCGCACCGCACCGCACUCAUCUUAAGUUUCCACUAUAUAUAUAUAUAUACACAUCUUCUGUAAUCAUUCAUUAUCAUCAUUCACUUCAAUUCUCCAAAUGGACAUUUCCAUUCUCAGAAAAGUUCUCUCUCUCACCUUUUUCCUCUCUCUCUCACUUCUCUUCUCUGAUGCAUGUCAUGAAGUAGAUAGAGAAGCACUCCUUCAUUUCAAACGCAACAUCAUCGCCGACCCCUCGAAGCUUCUCCGUUCAUGGUCGUCUUCCUCAGAUUGCUGCAUUUCAUGGGAAGGUGUGGGAUGUGACACUACUUCAGGCCGAGUCUUGAACCUCACUCGUCCGGGCCUUUUCAUUGGAAACGACGAGUUUUUCAUCGACACCUCCAUGUCCGGUACACUCUCUCCUUAUCUGGGAAACUUGUCGUUUCUUCAAGUCCUCGACUUGAGCAAUCUCAAGGACUUGAAAGGUCCAAUCCCUUCGGAACUUGGCAAGUUAUCUCACCUCACUCAUCUUUUUCUCGAUACCAACCAGCUUAAAGGACCACUUCCCUUCACAUUUCGACACCUUCAUCGUCUGAAAAAGCUUCAUGUUAGUGAUAACUUCUUGUCUGGUGUCGUUUCUCCCUCUGUUUUUGAAUCUCUAACUUCACUUUCCGAACUGGGUCUAGCAGGGAAUCACUUUUCCGGGUCAGUUCCAACUUCGAUUGGGAACUUGACUUCUCUGACUAAGCUUGAUAUUCACGGAAACCAUUUCUCUGGUUCCAUUCCUUAUGGCAUUGGUAAGCUUAAGAGCCUCAAAUAUAUUGAUUUGUCUGAAAAUCAUAUAAGUGGAAUCAUUCCUGAGUCAAUAGGUGGACUUUCCGAACUAGUCCUUUUAUACCUCAAUCAGAAUCAGAUUACCGGAAUGAUUCCUUCUUCAAUUUCAGGGCUUACUUCUCUCUACUAUUGUCGUUUAUCAGAGAACAAGCUAAAGGGUAGUUUACCUUCCUCAAUAGGGAAGUUACCAAAUAUUCAAAGGCUAAUUCUUGAGAACAAUAGAUUGUCAGGAAAAUUGCCUUCAACCAUUGGAAAACUCACAACUCUUACAGACAUUUUCUUCUCCAACAACCAUUUCACUGGCAAGAUCCCUUCAAGCUUUGAAAAUUUACUUAAUCUACAAACACUUGAUUUAUCAAGAAACAGAUUUUCUGGUAAGAUUCCUCCUCAGUUAUCUAAACUUCAGAGUCUUCAAAGUUUGGAUCUUUCAUUCAACCCUCUUGGGCUAGUUUAUAUCCCCAAGUUUAUCUCAAAGAUGAAACUUUUUCGGUUAAAGCUGGCCAAAACUGGGAUUGAAGGCCAUCUUCCAAAAUGGUUGACUUCAACAUCUAUUUCCAUUCUUGAUUUGUCAAGCAAUGGUUUGAAUGGGAAAUUACCCCAUUGGAUUGGGAACAUGACUAAUUUAUCAUUUCUUAACUUAUCAAAUAAUGGGUUUCAUUCAUCAAUCCCAGCUGAGUUCAAAAACCUUUCCCUUCUAAUGGAUCUUGAUCUCCAUUCCAACAUGUUGACCGGUCACAUGAAUGUGAUAUUCUCAAAAGAAUCCCAAAACCCACUUGGCCAAUUCAACUCCAUUGAUCUUUCCAACAACAUGUUCUCUGGUCCAAUUGAUAAGAACAUUGGAGACAGACCAGCAAUGGCAACCAUCAAGUCCCUUACAUUAUCCCACAAUCCAUUGAGUGGAGGCAUACCCGAGUCAAUGGGAAAACUCAGUGAGUUACAGAUUUUAAAGCUCAUGGGAAAUGGGCUUUCCGGGAAAAUACCAAUGGAGUUGGGAAACGUAGAGAAACUUUCUACUAUCAUUCUUUCGAGGAAUGAGUUAAGAGGCAACAUUCCCAAACAAGUCCUCAACUUAAUAAAUCUCAAAGAAUUCAACGUCUCUGGAAACCUUCUAAGCGGAAUGAUUCCUCCCCACAAGACCACAUUCCCUGCCUCUGCGUUCUUGGGUAAUCAUGGCCUGUGUGGACCUCCACUUCCUCCAUGCAAGCACUCUUAGUGUUCAUAAUUUUUUCUUAUGAAAUUCCAUUGAUUUGUUGUUUUUUCUUCUUCUUGUUCUUACACUUAUGAUUAUGGGAUUAAUUAAAUGUUCAUGUCAUACUGUAAACCAACUACGAAAUAGUAAAAGAAAGAAGAAUUAUC